AGAGACGAGAAGAAAUCCAGAAAUAUGGAUGUGGAUAAGGGACUAGAAACAACGAUACUGUGAAGUCACUGUGAACCAGAGUGUGUGUGUGUGAGCCAUUGUGCUUGGUGGUGGCGGUGCUGGUGGUGGCGGCUUUGCUUCUUCUGAGGGAUAUAUGAUGGAGGUAGGCAUGUCUUUAAACGCACUGGUUCGGCUUCCUUUGUCGAAUUCGAGGAGGAGCCAUGACGAUUUGCUCUUCAGACACUCUCUUUGGUCUUCUUCUGAGUCGAUUAGCAGAAGAUAUCAUCAGCAGCCAAAGCAAAGGAAGCAUGUUACGGUUGUUCAAGCUAAGGGGAAAAGAGGAAUGGCAGCUCGUCAGUUCCAACGCCCUCCCCCUCCUUCCUUGCCCCAAAUCGAAGAUGAUGGAAACCCUAAAUUCGUCAUCUUCAUCCGCAUGGCUAAUGUUUAUCUUUGGUACCCACUAAGUCUCAUAACUGGUGGAACAACUGCAAAAAUCAUGGUUGCUGCCAAAGAUAAUAUUCUCGGAAAAUAUAUCUACAAAGAUACACUAGCUAGAAAUCUUGCGGCUGUGAUUUACAAAGAUGAGAAGGAGAUACAAAAGACAGCAUUUAAGCAGUAUCGUGUGUUGCGGUCGGCUACGGAUUUUAGAUAUGGCUACAAACUUGUUGAAAAUAAUAACGUAAGAUCUGCACUUGCUACCUCAGAUGUUAUUGAGCUUCCAAGACAGGAGGAGCUCAAAACCGUAGUUGACAAAGUGAAGGACUUUUUUGGGGAUGCGAAAGAAUCAUUUGGAAAGCUCACAGCUCUAAGUUCGACCACCACUGAGGAGUCAGAAGAAAAUUCAAAAGAAAAAGUCAAGGUGAAAGACUGAAGGUGGAACACUCCAUUCUCCUCAACGCAGUGCAGUGGCCUUUGAUGGUCUUUGUUCCUUUGGGUUCGAAAAUGGUCUUCGAAAAUGGAGCAAGUUUUAUACAUAAUUUUGUAGCAUAAGGUUUUAUUCACAGAUCUGACUUGAUCAAACAAAAUUGUAGAUUUUUCUGUAUAUGAAGAAGAAAAGUAGUGUUUCUUUGA